UUUACAUAUCUUAUUGAAUUUUUACCUAAGAAAUCAAACUCAACUGUCCUUGGUGGUACCAAAGUAAUAUGUUCACAUAUGAGGGAACAACAACCCACAGUAUCUACUUCUUUGCCAGUUUUCUUAUUUCCUGCUCUUAAUGCAAGCUUGUCAUUAAGAUACAGGGCAGUAGCACGUUGA